UCUUUAUCAAUUCUUAUUCCCAUUAAAAGUUGCUUUCUUUUCUGUUACCACUUUUUCUCCAAUCAACAUCGGUGACAAUCCGUGAUGAAAAUUUGAAAACACUAAUAAACUAUUUUAGAACCCCACAAUACCAAAACGGUGUCGUUGAGCUCAUCACAUUACAUAAAAGCUACUUUACUAGUUUAACUAGACAAUAAAAUAAAACAAAACAAAACAAAAGUCUCUCUCUCUCCCUCACAUGGCUCUUCUCUUAAACCGCGUUAGAUCGGCUUCGGUCUUCAUGUUCAGUGUAACAUUCCUCUUCAUCUUCGCCGAAGGCUUACGACCUUCUGAUCAUGGCCUACAGUAUCAAACCAGCUCACCACCGACUGAAUCUCACUCACCUCCCGGGAAAAUGAUGUCCUUCUUCGGAGAUUCCCGUUCUUCUCCUCCUCCUUCUCAGCUCCUUCCCAAAGCUACGGAUACAGACGGCGGAGACGACGACACGUGGUGGCGUGAUGGAGCUGCCAACAGACGCGAGCACGUGAUGAGGCACGUGUUUCUUGCGGCGAGCAUCAUAUGCGGCGUCUCCGGCGUUGCGCUUCUUGUGGUUUUCACUUUGGUUUACUUCUUUAGGUAUCGGAAUCAAAGUCCGUCGAACUUACCCUGUAACGAUUUAAAGUAGAUACUAUUCGAUUUCUGUAUACAUGGUUUGUUUCUAUUAUUUUUUAUUUUAAAAAAUAGAUGUAAAGCAUUUUGCUUUAUUUCGACGACU